AUGAUUCUGUCUGGCUGUCCGAUUCUCGAGUUCUUGAAACUGGAUUACUGUGAUGAUGAUCUGCGGGUUCUUGAUCUCAGAAAUUCGCUGCGUCUGAGGACACUCGAAGUAAUACGCCCAUUCUUCAGUGGUCAUCCGAGUCAAGUGCAGAUUGUUGCACCACAUGUCCGUUGUCUCAAACUGGAAAACUCUCUGUCACUAUGCACUUUAGUCGAUCUCUCCUCUUUAGCCGAAGCUAAACUGUACAAUUCCUCUCACAGACUUCAAAGUAACAUUCAUGAUCCUCUUGGAGUCACGGUGCAAAAGAUGGCAGAAAUGUUUGAAAAGUUGAAGAACGUAGAGAAGCUUACUUUUGGGAGUAAUUUUCUUAAGAAUUUGUCUCUUCCCGAGCUUCGUAGUGUGCCUUUUCCGAUGUUCAAGAUCAAAGCUUUGACUCUUGAGACACUGUUUGCUGAGGAUGGCUAUGUUAUUCCUGCUGCUAUUGAGAAACUGUUACAACACUCACCUGAUUUAAAGAAGCUAACACUAAACACAAGAACUCCCAACACCAACCCGAUUCUUUGGAGGAAGUCCCGUUGGGAAGCAGAGUUAAAACACAUGGCUACAAGCAUAGAACUUCUGGUUUUAAGUUUUAAAUAUGACACAGAAUUCAAUUUGAGAUACAAGAGUGGUAUGGCUUACUAUUGUGUAUUUGACAUCCCCUUGUAUUCUGUGUUCUUUACGAAAUGA